CUCUACAAGAUCACAUAAUUUGAUUCAAUUAACUAUAUAUAAGUGUGCCAUAAAUACUAUCGAUUUACUAAGAGAGGUCGAAACUUUCUGAUCACCCUUUAGCUCCAUAUAAUGCUAUUAGUGUUUAUACUCGAUCAUCAAGAAAAACUUAUUCAAAAAGAGUCGACUAUAUUCAUAGUGAACUUCGAUCUGCAUUUGAAUUAACACAUUUAUUUGAAAAUUAUUCAUUAUCAUUAUUAGAAUCAACAAAUCUUCAUGUGACAUUAAUAUAUAAUAGUAAUCAAACACAACAAGAAUUAAAUUCUAAUAUAGAAGAAACAUUUGACUUAUAUUUUACAACAAUAAAUAAUACAUUUUUAUCAAUAGCUCAUCAAAUAUUAAAUAGAAAAUUAGUUUUAUUUUUAAAUCAAACACAUUCAUUAAAACAAUUUAUUCGAUUAUUACAUAUGACAGCAAAUCCAUUAUCUUCAAUUGCUCGAUUGAAUUGUUUUAAUCGACCGAUUCCUUUUGUUAAUCGGAUUAGUUAA